GAGUAGAGAAAAAGACAGAGAGAGCCAUGAGACUAGCAGCAGUGCUGACGUUGCUGUGCUGUCUGGCGAUAGGGGCACUCGCCUCGCCGGUGCCUAAGAUUGCUGACAGCAAGGUGUCGACUCAGAAUGUUGUUGCGACCGGCAGGCAAGCGCCUGCGGCGCCAGUCGCCACCGACGAUGAUGAUGAUGACGACGACGACGACGAUGACGACGACGUCGAUUUAGAUAUCGUCGAUGAUGAUGAUGAUGAUGACGAUGAUGACGAUGACGAUGAUGACGACGACGACGAUGAAGAUGACGGCGAUUAUUUGGAGCGUUUCAUUGAAGAUAUACUUGGAGGAGAGGAUGACGAUGAUGAUGAUGACGAGGACGAAGUCGCUUCACCUGCACCUGUUGCAUCCGCUGUAACACCAGCUACCCCUGUCAAUUCGCCGCAAGUGCCGCUCGCCGUGGCGGCUGAUCUAAAUCAGGCCAGCGAGGAAGCUGCGGAGGAUGCCGCGUCGAGUGAAACGGCCGAGGAUGAUGCUGGCAGCUACGAGGAUGAAGCUGAGAGUCAGGCUGCAUCCAACAUUCACGAGACAACGUUCGAAGGUGCCGAAUCUGUCUCGAAUCCGGUAUCAGUCCAGGCCGUUGGAGUUUCUCCUGGGGUUGCAGCGGCUGCUCCGACCAGCGACGAGGACGACGACGAUGACGAUGAUGAUGACGACGACGAUGUAGAUCUAGACAUCACGGACGAUGAUGACGAUGACGACGAUGACGACGACGACGAUGAUGAUGAUGAUGACGACGAUGAUGACGACGAUGACGUGGAUGAUAUCGCCGACAUCGCCGACGCUAGGCACGCACGUGCCAUGGACUCCGAAUCGAGUGGUCACGUGCCAGCCAUUUAUGUGGCAAAAUAUAAUCGGUUCGUCGACAAUAUUCUCGGCAAGAUCAACAACAUUUUGCGGGCCAAUUAUGAACCGGUGACUGUAAAACUAACAAAUUCAAAUUCAAGCUCCAAAAAAAAUAAAAACAAGACUAAGAGGAAGGGCAUCAAGAAUGGUACUAAGAAGAGCGCUUCAAGGCCGAUCGACACAUCCGCUGUUACUGCAAACAGUGAUAAUGAAAAUGGCGUCGAGAAAGUCACUCAGAUUGAAUCUGUAACGCAAACAAACGGAACGGAGAAAGAACCGAUUUCACUGGAAUCUCCUGCAGAAAUUAGCAUGAGAUCUAAUAAUAGACACACGACUAACAAGAGCAAUAAAAACUCUAACAAGAAUCGCAAACGAACGAAGAACAGGACGAAAAAUCAAAGCAGCAACAAGAACAAAAACAACACCAAGUCUAAGAGCAAACCAAAAGCGAGAGCCACUCUGUAUGGAUUGGCAUCCUUGCAGAGGACGGGCGAUGUAUCGGUGAAUAUGAUGAGUGAUCACACAACAAUUAAGACCAAGUUCAGCCUGGGACCGUUGGUGCUGAAGGUCGAGAAAGAGUUUGGCAGGGCCGCGAAAAAAGAGCUGAGGAGCGCAACCGCUACUACGGCCGAGAUGUCUGGCAAAUUGAGCCUCCGUGUGUUACACGGCGGUGCGGCGACGUUGCAUUCUAUUCGAGUUUUGCAACCUAAACAGGUUCGAGUGGAAAGCCAAGACGAUCAUGACCGAACGCGAGAGUUUGUGUGGAAGAGAUCGUCGCAUAUCGCGCAUUUGGUGUCGCAAAAACUUUCUUCGGCCACCAGGUCAAUGCUUCGACCGCCGCCUGUUUCACCUGCAGCUUAAAGUACAUACGAUACUCCUGCCGCUCCUUGAUCCAACUGAAACUACCAAUAACCACCAAUCGAAGUGAGAGUCGAUCCAUGAAAAAUCCUCAUUGAAGAUCGAAUGCAAUAUGAUGCGUAUCGCGUUUUACGGAAUAUACUCGUAUAUAUUAUAAAGUCUGUCGAGCCGCAAAAGCUGCGCGAUGCGACUCUUUGACGGAUUUAUUAAUCAUUUUUUUGACUUGCGAGAGAAAGUAACGUUGGAAACGCAUGCAUGGUGUCCCACUUGCACUACGUUACUUUUUUUGAUGACAAAUCGUUGGGUCAAUUCGGAAUCAAUUUUUCCUCAAGAGCAAUAUCAAUGCAUCAAUAGUUUUUAAGUAAUAAUUAAAAAUAAGAAUUUUUUGAUAAACUAAGCUGUAAAA